GUGCCUGCGGAGAGCAGAUAGAGAAGAGUACUGUGAUCUGGCUGCCAGCCAGUUGGCAUAUAGGCUGUCUGAUAGGCAAGGCACUGCUGGCUGGGACUGUCCAUGCUGUUAACUAUGGCAAGCUACGGCGAUCCAGACAUAGUCUCAAACGAACGCCUUAGCAUGUAUUGUUAUGGCGAAUGGCAAGAAUGCUAUUCAACAAACUUGGGUGACCACGAGACAGUCCGUCAACCCGAAUCUCCCAUGACAUCCCCAAUCGAAACGCAAAAUCAGACCAAAAGUGGAAGUAAGGAAACGAGGAUCCGUCGACCCAUGAACGCAUUUAUGGUAUGGGCUAAAGUUGAAAGAAAACGUUUAGCAGACGAAAAUCCCGAUUUGCAUAACGCGGAUCUCAGUAAAAUGCUAGGUAGAAAAUGGCGGAGUUUAACACCCCAAGAACGUCGACCGUACGUGGAGGAGGCCGAACGACUUCGUGUCCAGCACAUGCAAGACUAUCCCAAUUAUAAAUACAGGCCAAGACGAAGGAAGAAUGGUAAGAGGGGAUCUAGGAAGAAUGCCAACAUUCCUUCAUCGUCUCCUCCACCCACUCUUCAGCCAAUGGUGUUUCCGGCAGAGAGCUGUCAAUUCGCCCAACCAUCCAAAGUGGACUUUAGUCGUCUUUCAUAUAUGGACGGCGUGCAAACACCCGAUUCGUCACCACACGGUAGCCCCUGUUCGGAAGCGACAAGAAUCCAACGGUGCCCGGAAUAUGGCGUGGUAAAUGGCGGAAGUACAAGUGAUUUGAGCGGUUCCUCCAAUCUAAGUGUCGAUUCGAUCCGAUCCUUACCUACACCAGAAAUGUCACCUAUAGAACCCGAACAGGAAGGAUUUUCAUUCACCAAAGAGACGGAGGUUUAUAGAACAGCAGGAGAGAACCCGUUCAAUCAACUGGUAUCGAAAUUCAGCGAUUCGUCAAACUUUCUUAAAAACGUCCGUCCACCCUUUCGUCUCAGGACUAAUCAUACAGUGCAAAUCGAUAACAAUGCUUCUCCCACACUGCGUGCUUUAGUCACUUCGUCCAACAUGAACCUGGAAGGACCUCAAUAUUCCAGAUGUCCUCCGAGUUACGAACAAACCUACGGCCAAAACUACAUGAAAUCGUCACCGGAGAGGGCCAAUUGUGAAUACCAAGCGUAUUCGAGCCGUCAGGUCCCUCAAGGAUACAUGAAUUAUUCGUCGAUAAAUGUUUCUGGCGACAUUUAUUACGGGGAAACGGACAUUUUGGAAGACGUCGAUAGAAGUGAAUUCGAACAAUACUUGAAGCAACCCAAUCUUUCCGUCCAACAAUACUACAAUGCAUCCGAUUAUCAUAAUGAAACUCCCGUUCUCUCGGAUACAGAAUUUCGCUGCGAUAAUCGCUAUUAUCUACCAGGAAACACAACUACAAAUUAUUCUAUCAAACCUAAAACAGAGUGUGAAACGGGUUCUGCGUUGAUCGAUGCACUUGCCGAAACUCGUCAAAUCAUGCAUUAGUCUUAAACGUAAAUUAUUUUUUGUUGGUGUACAGGAAUUUAAAAAAAAAAAAAAAAUUAUAUAUUCGCUGCCUAGUCACAAAGGUAAAGAACCAUUUCACCUUUUCAAAUUUUUUUAAAAAAAUAAACGAAAAAAAAACCAUGCAAGAACAUGUGUAUAUAGAACUUCUGUACAGCGUGCUGUUCUUUCUGACAUAUUUUUUUAUACGAAUCUACCAGAAAGUGUCUUCGGGCCUUCAGCAAAGGGGACUUCAAACAUAAAUUUAUUUCUUUUUUCAGUGCCUUAAAAGGGAGGAGUAAUAAAAAAAAAA